CCUCGUGGGCGGUAGACUGUGUAGUGUGUACCCUGCUUGGUUACUAGUGAAAGCAGUCUUUUCCCGCCUUCCAUAAUCUCCACCGAUGGCGAGAGGUGGUAAUGAUAAAAGUGGCCGGUCGGCGGCGGAGCAAACAAACCCUGAAGCAGAAGAACGGAAACGACUCAGAAAACUUGCAAUUUCAAAGAACUUGCUAUCUGAAGCUCCGGCGAAAGCUUCUUCGCUGGCUCUGAACCCCUCCAAGACAGUGAUCAAACACCACGGUGCAGACGUACUCAGGAAAUCUACCCGGAAGAAUCGGUUUUUAUUCUCAUUUCCGGGUUUAAUUUCUCCGAUUUCUGGUGGCAAGCUCGGCGAGCUCAAAGAUCUCAGCUCCAAAAACCCUAUUCUGUACCUCGAUUUCCCCCAGGGUAGGAUGAAGCUGUUUGGGACUAUUGUUUAUCCCAAAAACAGGUACCUAACACUGCAGUUCUCUAAAGGUGGGAAGAACGUGAUGUGUGAAGAUUACUUUGAUACCAUGAUUGUAUUUUCUGAUGCAUGGUGGAUUGGAACUAAGGAAGAGAAUCCAGAAGAAACCCAACUCAGCUUUCCAGAAAAUAUGAAUAUGGGGCAGCAAAAAGAGUAUGAUUUUAAAGGUGGUGCAGGUUCAACAAGUGAAAGAAUACAAGGGGUAACUCCAAGUAGAGUAACUCAGGUCAAAGUCAAACAUCAGGAGACUCCUGUACAUAAACUAGAAGAGGAAUUUUCAGACAGUGAAAAUGAUUUACAAGAUUUGAGUCAAAAAACACCAACUAGGCAUUCAGCAAGGACUUCUGGAAAGAACUAUAAGUUUGCAGAAUCUUCUUCUGCAGAUGAUGCAAUUGAUUUGGAUAUCAACUCUGAAUCUUCUAAUGAGGAAGAAAAUGUAACGGGUGGAAGUCCAAUCAGUAAGGAUCCUGAAGAAACAGAAGUGAUUGAAGAAGCUACAGAAAGUAGUAUUUCAGCAACAAAAGUGAAGGAUCGUGGUUCUCUUGUUCAAGCCACUAUCUCUACAUUAUUCAAGAAAAAAGAGGAAAAGAUGGCAAUAAAGGAAGAAAAGGGAAAAGGAGUUAAAGGAAGAAGAGCUAGUGGUACAAAAUCUACUCCAAGGAAGAAAAAGGCUAAGGUUGCUGAUGAUGAAAUUGAAGAUAUAUCAAAUCCAUCCGAGGAUUCAAGUGAUGAAGACUGGGGUGCUUGACUUGACAUUUAAAGUCAACCGAAGCUCUUGGGAACAUUCUUCAUCAAAUGUUGUAUGCAUAUGUUUCAAUUGAUUUGUGCACUAUUAUAGUCUUAUGGAUUCUUUUCAUUACAAAGACCUGUUGUUGUCUAUGUUCCAUAGAAUUAUAGCGUUUAAAUUUGACAUGUAAUUUUAUUAAAAUGUUUGUUUUGUCAAAUGUGUAAAACGAAAUGGAUAGAAAUAUCAAUGUGACAUGAAAUA